AUGACGGUUCUAGCUACACCGAACGUCUUAACUGUCCUCCAAUAUCUGGAUGAAUUGAAUCAUGCCGAAGAGUUGCAAAAACUCAAAGAAGAAAAUGCCCAUCGGAGCCUAAACGGCGACUUUUACGACGGAACGUACGUGCAUGAUCAGCGUCAUGGUUAUGGCAGGUAUACGUGGUCUGAUGGGAAGACAUAUGACGGCACCUUCUUCGCUGACAAAAUGCAUGGCAUCGGGCGCUUAGAGACUCCAGAGUUGACCUUCGUCGGAACGUUUUUCCUGGAUAAACGAAGCGGUUUCGGAAUAGUCCGCUUUUCGAACAACGUCUUGUUUCAGGGUUUCUACGCCGACGACGAACGCUGUGGCUUUGGCAUUCAAAUCUACACUGAGCAGUCACCAGAGUUCCUACUUGCCGACACCGGUCAAUGGAGACAUAAUCGUCUAGUUAAGCUAUCUGUCGAGCUACCCGAGGCUGUAAACCCCCUGACAGAAUUCUCAGAUUACAUGUGGUAUGCGGAUUCAUGGAAGCACACCCGAAAAGCGAGCUUAGUCGACGACUGUCUGCUCUCAGCUGCUGAUGAAGAAUUGUAUGAUUGCAAGGAUGUGAAUAGAAUUCAGGUUCGUUAUGUUACUUUCUCUUUCUCUCCCUAA